UUUCACGUGGCAAAGGAUCUUCAUCAGUCCCAAAGCGUGUCAUCUCUUCCUUUGCUCCCUUCGUUUUCUCUGGUUUUCCUUCUCUCUCUCUCUCUCUCUCUCUCUCUUUCUCUCUCUCUCGCUCUCCUUAGACCUAACGAUUUAUAGGUGGGUGGGAGAUUCUGCGACCGAAAACCUCCACCUCAAAUCUUACCCUCUUUUUCUAACGGCAAACGCAUAGAUCAUUUUGUAUAUCGGGAAUUCAGAGUGACAAUGAUGAUGGUAUUGAUGGGGUUAAACGUGCAAUCCGUAAUCGAUUUGGUGGUGGCUGCUAUUUCUUUGAUGAUUGGUUUGGGGAUUUUCGCGUUCAUCGCUUCUAUUCUCUGCUCUGCCGCUUUCUUGCACAACGCCAGGCUCGUCUCUUGAUUUCCAAAUCAUUCAUUGCCGUUUUACUUCUAAUUUCUUCAGUAGGAGAAGAAAGGGAGUCAAAGUUCAAACAUAGAAAUGAUGGUGUAAUUUUACAUACUAGGAUUAGCUUAAUAAUUGAAUAAAAUUGAUGCGAAAGAAAUAAAGUACAAACUUUGGUUGUAAAGAACCAGUUGUACUGCUAUUUAGAUUGGUUUUUACCUUAUCCUUAUCUAUUAUUGCAUUUUAUUCAAAGUGACUCUUCGUUUUCAUGUUGGCAUGAUCAAUUCGCCAAUGUUUUUAAAAUCAAAAAGAAGAAAAAAAUUAUCUCCCCUUGUGAAAUCUCUUUCUUAUACCACAUAUGCCGGGCUUGAAAAUCUAUAACUAGUUGUAGAAAAAGAUGUUUCAUGUGUAAAUAAAGGGGAAAGAGGACGAAGUUGAAUGAAGCAUUUUAUUAUUAUUCAUCAAAUUUCAGAAAUUCGAAAGGCUACAAAAUUUUGCUUGGUUGACCUUAUAAACCAUAUGGGAAGGAGGCUGUCUUCGGUUCGGCACUUGUAAAUCAUCAUAUGUAUGCAUAUCUCUUCUUCAACGAACUGCUUUUAGUUGUUUUAAUUUUUUCAGGUUUUACUGGACCAAACUUAUUCGAAACUACUUGUUCAAAAUCUUUUGGGCCAAAAUUAUUCGCAAAUAGAACAUCCACUAGAUCUUUUGGCUGUUCAUUAAUCUUCUAUCCUCGUGAAGUUUCAUGAUAUCUUUUGCCAA